UAUGCUGCUUCAGAGGUGUUGUUUCGUUUUAAGAGCGACGCCGCUUCAUUGAGCCGGAAUCGAUGAAACUGCUUCCACGAAUUUGCCGUCGUAGAAGACGAAUUCACUUUCAUGGUGCUUUCUGAGCUAUCAGUAAAGUCACCUAGUUGUUGUUGUGAAGUAGAGAGUCUGCGUCUGCUUUUGUUGAAUAGUCCAACUCUAUAUUUUAUGUUAUGAUGUAUGGAUAUUGAUCACAAGUAUCAUAUUCAAUAAACGAACUUUCGAAACUGUUUCUCUUGUCUUCCAGUGGAAGAUUAUGAAGUUCGUGCAGGGGGGAUAUAAGUUGUCCAAGAUGGGAAGACUAUGAAAUGAAGUUUACUCUUAUUUUAAUACAACUUCUCCUUUUAAGAAGAAACAUUCAUCCACAGACGUAAAAAACAAUAUAGUUGACUUUACAUUUUGGGUUUAAAAUCACAACCAUAACAGAGCUAGGAAGAGAGAUAGCUAGUCAGCAAAAUGGGAUCCCACUUUCUAGAGAAGAUGGGAUUUAUCUCCAACCAAAUCUCCAGAGAUAAACUCAAGGCAGGAGAUCACAUCUAUUCAUGGCGUAACGCUUAUAUCUACUCUCAUCACGGAAUAUAUAUAGGCGAUGAGAAAGUCAUUCAUUUCACUUGUGGAGGUGGUCUAGAAACUGGAACCGGGACCUUCUUGGACAAGAUCCUCGUUAGUGUAAUCCCGAAUCAUAAAGGAGACAAUCCUUGUCCUAAUUGUGGAGAGCGAUCGAAUGUCGAUGGUGUAAUCUCUUCAUGCCUUGACUGCUUUCUCUCCGGAGGAAACAUCUAUCUCUUUGAGAACAGUGUCUCUCCAGCUGCAUUUAUUGCCAAACCUCGACGCGGCACAUGCACAAUAGCACCUUCGGAUCCCUGUGAUGAAGUCAUUUCCCGCGCCAAAUACCUCUUAUUCCGGAAUGGGUUUGGUGAUUACCACGCUUUGGAAAAUAAUUGUGAAGAUUUUGCAAUAUAUUGUAAAACUAGCUUGCUGGUCGGAAAAAACUAUGUGUUGGGAAGGGGAGGUCAAGCCAGCUCGGUUAGUGCAGCUGCGUGGCUUGCGCAACUUAGUCCUUUCGGCAGCAAAGCUAUUCAGCUCUUUGCAGAUAUUGGUGUGAGAAAGGAUGCUAUUAGGGUGCCCGUGGAAAGCCUCGUUGCUCGCGCAUAUGCUACUGGUACCUCUAGAAAUAGAAGUUGAUAAGUUUGAAGACACAAGUCAACAGGCGGGAAAGCCAAUUCGUUCGAAGAAACCAAAUCAUUGACUAUAUCUUGUUUCCAUUUUAAUAACGUUUCCAGAAUGUAGGAAACAUGAUCAAACAUUGUAGAAACACUCACUACUAUUAUUCUAUAUAAGCCAAAAAAGCAAAGAAUAAAAUUCCUCAGACAUAGAGCUAGAUUG